AUGAAAGGAAUAUCUUAUCGAGGUAAUCGUAUUUGCUUCGGUAGAUAUGCUCUUCAAGCACUUGAACCCGCUUGGAUCACAUCUAGACAAAUAGAAGCAGGGCGACGAGCAAUGACACGAAACGCCCGCCGCGGCGGAAAAAUAUGGGUACGUAUAUUUCCAGACAAACCAGUUACAGUAAGACCUACAGAAACACGUAUGGGUUCGGGAAAAGGAUCUCCCGAAUAUUGGGUAGCUGUCGUUAAACCGGGUAGAAUCCUUUAUGAAAUGAGUGGGAUCAAAAAUGAUAUGAUUCAACCUCAAACCCAAUUGAAUGUAGCGGAUAACAGCGGAGCCAGAAAAUUGAUGUGUAUUCGAAUCAUAGGAGCUAGUAAUCGACGAUAUGCUCAUAUUGGUGACGUUAUUGUUGCUGUAAUCAAAGAAGCAAUACCAAAUACACCGCUGGAAAGAUCCGAAGUAAUCAGAGCUGUAAUUGUACGUACUUGUAAAGAACUCAAACGCGACAACGGUAUGAUAAUACGAUAUGAUGACAAUGCUGCGGUUGUUAUUGAUCAAGAAGGAAAUCCAAAAGGAACUCGAAUUUUUGGCGCAAUUGCCCGGGAAUUAAGACAAUUAAAUUUCACUAAAAUAGUUUCGUUAGCACCUGAAGUAUUAUAA